CUGGUGUGGGUAGGUAUCGAGCUUCAGGCUUUGUAAGGGUCGGGCAAAACAAAUGUAGGGUUUCUUUUAGAUCCCCCCUAGUGGCUUGAGUGUAAGUGAGGGUUUGGAUGCUGCGUGAGGCCGUCAGUAUCUGCAUCUCUCGCAUCAGCUCCACGCACACAUACACACUCACUCACACACACACGCACGCACGCACACACACAUUCAGCAUCUCCAUCUCGACGCUCCACCUGCCCUCAUCAACACGCCGAAUUUUAACUGUCGUUGAGCCCGUUUAAAGCGUGAAAGUUGACCGCGUUCGGCUGGUGAAAAGUGAAAUAAUCUUUUAAAGAUGGUUAAACUGGGGAGUAAUCUACAAGACAAAGGAGCAAAAGCUGUUAGCGUUGAGGACGGCUUUCAAAACGUUCCCCUCAUCACGCCCUUGGAUGUUACUAAUCUUCAGUACCAAGCCCCAGACAAGGUGGUGGUGAAGACACGAACCGAGUAUCAGACGGAACAGAAGAAUAAGGCCAAGCUGAAGGUUCCCAAGGUGGAGGAGUUCACCAUCAGUGUGACUGAUGGAGUUUCUGAAAGGCUGAAGGUGACCAUCCUCAUCAUACUGGCCUUGGCCUUUCUGGCAUGCAUAGUGUUUCUGGUGGUGUACAAGGCGUUUACCUAUGACCACACCUGCCCUGAUGGCUUUGUGUAUAAGCACAAGCGCUGCAUCCCUGCCUCACUGGAGGCCUACUACACUGCCCAGGAUGCCAACAGCCGCGGCCGCUUUUACACCGUCAUCAGCCACUACAGCAUGGCCAAGCAGACCACCUCCCGCUCUGUUUCUCCAUGGCUUCCCGCUGGAAGUGCCCAACAUGAUGUCAAGCCUCCCAACACAGACAGCCAAUGAGAUUUUCCAUGCUGCUUUUUAAAGAUUUGUCAUCACGUCCACCUGCAUCACGCAAUUCCCUAACCCCCCAAUAUUUCCACCAGCUCAUUUGUUUCUUUUUUGUCCAGUUUUAAUUUUUUAGCUGCGUAGUUUUAAUCUUAUAUUCAUUUUUUUUAUUAUUAUUUAUUAAUAUUUAUUUUUGUUGUACAUUUUUUUUUUGUAUUUAAUACUCAACUAUUGUUUGUACAAAGGCAUGACUCUGCAAUCUUGUCAAGCGGUUUCCCCACAAUGUCUGUGAGUGUCAAUGACCCAUUAUGGAAGCAGAAUAUCCAUACGCCCCUUAUGUAGUUAGGUAACAAUCUUGAAAGGCAUGAUAAAACAGGGAGUUUUGUGCUUUUAUUUCUGAAACAGCAGAAAAUAUACAUACAUGCUCUCAUGUUAGAAUAUGAAAACAGACACCCUACUUGUUAGACUCAUUUUUAUGUACGACCUAUUACAACAUAUUAUUGAAAUAUUGAUAUAGGCCAACAAUAAAAUGGCAAAAGAACAUAUUGUAAAUGUACAGAAUGUUAUGGUUCCUACUUUGAACCUCGAUGUAAAUAACUCAUGAGAGCAAUUACCCAUGGUGUGUAUGUUCGUCAGACACAUUGUAAUAUUCUCACUGUUUCUCAAUGGAUGGAGGUGUUUAGAGCUUUGCGACUUGCUUUAGCUGGUGUCUAUGCUUGCAUUUAACCAGAGGCGAAACCUUGGACUCUUGAGAUGAUUUGGUGAAAUGUCUCAUCUGAAUUCCUGCCAAAGCUUGAUUUUCUGCUAUGUUUGGUCUCAAGUCUGCUCUUUUUCCAUUUUUAUAUUUGUUGUCAGAAAAAAAAAAAAAUGGAUUUUUGAAAUCUUGUGCUGUUGUUUGUUGAGAUGUAGCAAAGCCUUGAGUAUUUUUGAUUGUGUAUCCUUUAGGUUCAAAAUAAUAAAGAUAUACAAGGUGUUCAA